AGUGCCAAGGAGAGUGCCAGCAGGCAGGCCUGACGAGCUGAGAGGCUGUGAGUGGGUACUGCUCCGACCAGCAGCAUUUCCCGUGCUUUAAACCACGUGUAUAUUAUGCUUUUAAGUUGCCUAGUAGUCUGUUACAUAAAGCUCAGGAUAUAGAGAAAUGCAGAAAAAAGGCAUGAUCCUGCCAUCUAGAGAUGCCAGUGUUGGCUGCUUUGGUAAUUUUCCCACGGCACACAUGCAGGUAGCUUUAGAGAUGUGGCACGGGAGCAUAUAUGUUCUGUAAUACACUUCAGCUUGAUGUGGUGGCACUGUGGGUCUCCCCAUGCUCAGUGUUCGUCUCUUGGUUGCAGUGACUGCUUCUUGGAGGCCAGUCGUCCCUGUCGGAUGUGGACAUGCUUUUCCGUUUUCACUGCUGGAAACAGUGACCCACAUGAAAAGCUAUUUUUGCCCUGUGCUAGUUCCAUUAGCCUUGACUGUCACUGCAGGGUACCGCUCCUGCUAGGACACAGCCAGGCUAAAGGUGGGAAUUCACACAAGCUUUGAGCAGCUGCCACCAUGGCACCAGCCUGUCAGGAGCAGUGUGUGAGUGCCUUCCCAGGCUGCCCUGCAGGUGCUUGUACCUGCUGGAGGCUCUCUUUCCCUCCCGAGAAGGAGACCUCCAUGCUACACAGUGUGCUUCCUCUUGUAUGUCUUGCUUGGGUGUGGUAAACCAAGGCAAGGGUGAGGCACUCUCAGUUCCCUGUGGUGGACUUGAGAUUGAGGAUGUGGAAGAAGAGCAGCACUGGGAAGAAGUACCUGUUGGAAGCCGGGAAUCUGCAGUACUUCCUUCCAGCCUGGUCUGUCCAGCCAGGCGUGGGCGCUCUGUACAGAUGACAGCCGGCUUGCAGCCGUUUGCAAAGACUUUUGAUGCAAAUGAUUUAUAUCAGGGGCAGAACUUUAACAAGGUCCUCAGCUCCUUGGUGACACUGAAUAAAGUGACAGCAGACAUCGGACUCGGAAGUGACUCUGUGUGUGCGCGGCCCUCUUCACAUCGGAUAAAGUCUUUUGAUUCUCUGGGAUCCCAGUCUUCACACAGUAGGACUUCAAAAUUGCUUCAGAGCCAGUACCGAAGCUUGGACAUGACUGACAAUAGCAACAGCCAGCUGGUAGUACGAGCCAAGUUUAACUUCCAGCAGACCAAUGAAGAUGAGCUCUCCUUCACGAAGGGCGACGUCAUUCAUGUCACUCGAGUGGAGGAAGGAGGCUGGUGGGAGGGCACGCACAGCGGCAGGACUGGCUGGUUCCCCAGCAACUACGUGCGCGAGAUCAAGCCAAGCGAGAAGCCCGUGUCACCCAAAUCAGGAACCUUGAAGAGCCCCCCGAAAGGGUUCGAUACGACUGCCAUCAACAAGAGCUAUUAUAACGUGGUGCUACAGAAUAUCCUAGAAACAGAGCAUGAAUAUUCUAAGGAGCUGCAGUCUAUGCUUUCGACCUAUCUGCGGCCACUGCAGACCAGCGAGAAGUUGAGUUCAGCAAACACUUCCUAUUUAAUGGGAAAUCUAGAGGAAAUCUCUUCCUUCCAGCAAGUGCUCGUACAGUCCUUAGAAGAAUGUACCAAGUCUCCUGAGGCCCAACAGAGAGUUGGCGGUUGUUUCCUGAGCCUGAUGCCGCAGAUGAGGACCCUGUACCUCGCUUACUGUGCCAACCACCCAUCUGCUGUGAGCGUCCUCACAGAACAUAGCGAGGACCUGGGUGAGUUCAUGGAAUCGAAAGGUGCCAGCAGUCCUGGGAUCCUGGUGCUGACCACUGGCCUCAGCAAGCCCUUCAUGCGCCUGGACAAGUACCCGACGCUGCUGAAGGAGCUGGAGAGACACAUGGAGGAUUAUCAUCCUGAUAGACAAGACAUUCAGAAGUCCAUGACUGCCUUCAAAAACCUUUCAGCCCAGUGUCAAGAAGUACGAAAAAGGAAAGAGCUAGAGCUGCAGAUUCUGACGGAGCCCAUCCGGAGCUGGGAGGGGGAUGACAUCAAGACGCUGGGCAGUGUUACGUACAUGUCCCAAGUCACGAUUCAGUGCGCGGGAAGCGAGGAAAAGAAUGAGCGAUACCUCCUGCUCUUCCCAAGCCUUCUGCUCAUGCUGUCUGCCAGUCCCAGGAUGAGUGGUUUCAUCUACCAGGGAAAGCUACCAACGACAGGAAUGACAAUCACAAAACUUGAGGACAGUGAGAACCACAGGAAUGCAUUUGAGAUAUCAGGGAGCAUGAUCGAGCGGAUCCUGGUGUCUUGCAACAACCAGCAGGACCUGCAUGAAUGGGUGGACCACCUACAGAAGCAGACGAAGGUUACGUCUGUCAGCAACCCCACCAUCAAGCCCCACUCUGUGCCAUCACACACACUUCCCUCCCAUCCUAUCACUCCAUCCAGCAAGCACGCGGACAGCAAGCCUGUGGCACUGACGCCUGCGUACCACACACUCCCCCACCCCUCUCACCAUGGCACCCCACACACCACCAUCAGCUGGGGACCCCUGGAGCCUCCGAAGACCCCCAAGCCUUGGAGCCUGAGCUGCCUGCGGCCUGCACCUCCCCUCCGGCCCUCGGCUGCUCUCUGCUACAAGGAGGAUCUUAGUAAGAGCCCCAAGACCAUGAAAAAGCUGCUGCCAAAGCGCAAGCCGGAGCGGAAGCCUUCAGACGAGGAGUUUGCUGUGCGCAAGAGCACAGCUGCUCUGGAAGAAGAUGCGCAGAUCCUGAAGGUCAUCGAGGCUUACUGCACCAGUGCAAAGACGCGGCAGACGUUGAACUCAACAUGGCAAGGCACUGACCUGAUGCAUAAUCACGUCUUGGCUGAUGACGACCAAUCAAGUCUAGACUCCUUGGGUCGUCGCAGUAGCCUUUCUCGUUUGGAGCCCUCAGACCUGUCGGAAGACUCUGAGUAUGACAGUAUAUGGACAGCCCAUAGUUACAGAAUGGGUUCUGCAUCCCGUUCACGUAAGGAGUCUGCUCCACAAGUGCUGCUUCCAGAAGAAGAGAAAAUUAUAGUUGAAGAAACCAGAAGCAAUGGGCAGACUGUGAUAGAGGAAAAGAGCCUUGUGGACACCGUGUACGCAUUAAAGGACGAAGUCCAAGAGUUAAGACAGGAUAACAAGAAGAUGAAGAAGUCCUUAGAGGAGGAGCAGAGGGCCCGCAAGGACCUGGAGAAGCUGGUGAGGAAGGUUCUAAAGAACAUGAACGACCCUGCUUGGGAUGAGACCAAUCUAUAGGCUGGAGACCAGCCAAAGACCAGCUCCCGGUCAAGGCCCAAGCACAGUGACAUUCAGGACUAGGGCAGGUGGUCUCCAUCAGGCUGGUGCUGACAAAGCUAACCUGUGAGCUACAGAUGCUGAGGCCUGGUGAGCACCUCUGCCGACUCCUCCAGCAUCGACUGACCAGGGGCCUCUGGCUUUUGGACUUCAUUGAAUCUAUAAAUAGCAUAUCUGUGUACUUGUAAAUACUGACCUCUGAACGCAUACCCUCGAUGUGACCAGGCUAACCCUCUUGCUAGGAUUUCCUUCUCAGCCUUUCUGGCCACAAGGAUUUGAAGUUGUGUUUGCGAAGUGUUGGGAGCAGAAGGGUGAAGAGACUGGGCGGCUGACUUGUUCCACAAGGCGCAGGCUCUGUGGUGCCGUCAGCAGCCCAGCUUGGGCACAGCGACCUUUUCUGUCACCGUCCUCUUAACUGCAGUAUUCCAGUCUCAGGCCUGUGGCUGUGCCCGGGAAUCACGGAUUCUAGGAAGGUGAUGUUGCUCUUUACCUGUGAUACUCGCUCCUGCCGCCCUGUCCUGGCUGGGCCCUGGGUCCCAGGAACGUGUCACAGUGUGGAGAGGUGGGUCAGCCUUGUGCAGCGUGGCCCUCCCGCCGAGAGAAGCAGCCCCUGUAUAUAUAGAUGUGUUAUUUAUUCCAUGUUCUCCAGCCGGUGCUGCCGGGCAGCGUUGGGCUGCAGGCUGUUGUCAGCCGGGAGCUCUGACCUGUCCAGGCCACUGAAAGCCCUCCUCCCCUCCGAGCUGAAUAAAGCAAUACAGAGCCGCAGUUGAGCUGCAGCGGAAGCCCCACGGGACUGUGCCCUGCUGUCCCCAUGCCCUGCCCUGCUGCCUCCCUGGGCCCAGGCAGGCCCUGGCAGGCAGGUGGCCUGGACUAGAAGGCCUGUUUUCUGUUUGGCCAGGGCUUGCCUCUGGUUUGGCAAUAAGUGACAGUGACCUCAGCUGUCUGCUUCCUUCCUCCAAAGAGGUUGUUCUGAAGCCAGGGGAACGUCUCCGUAGGAAGGUCUUGGGUGGUGGUGGUGGCCGCGGGCUUCAGUACAGCCUCUCCCUGGGGUGUGACCCAGCCCCAGCACUCCUGUCCCACGUGGACCGGGACCUCACCCAUCCCAGGGGGCAGUUCUGAGCAGGCCCCGAGAGGCCCCUGUGUUCUCCUCUUCCUCCACACUGACUGGGUGCAAUGUCUGUGGUUUGCGUCUGCCAGGAUCCCCCAGCGUCCCUUAGGCUUCUCACCAGAGCCUCCCGCCCACCCCUGUUAGCAUUUUACCAGUCUGUGCGGGGUGAGAAAGGUGAGGGUCCUCGUUCUUUCUGGUCAGCCUCGUUUCCCAAGCACUUUGCUGACCCAAACGGCGACAGUGUGUUGCUGUCACAGUAGAUCUUAACUCAGGAACAACACCGCUCCUUGCAUCUCUCCACUGCUGGCGACAGGUGCCUGGGGCUGCGCGCAGCUCCUCCGCCAUCGCCACUGGCCUCGCCACCGCUGAGGUCGCCGUCCACGCCCAGGACAGUUUCUUACAGACCUGCCUUAAUGAUUCGCUUGGAGUAUUCCAUGAGUAUUCAUGUUCCUAACAUCCCUACCCUGACAGGGUGGCUGGAGGCUGCGUGUAGGCACGCUGCCUUUUCUCUCCGUGGAUCCAGCGUCUUCCAGGCUCUCCAGAGAGCGAGAAUCUGCAUCCAAGAGCAGUUCUUUUUAAAAACUGACCCUGUUGUACACACCCGUUUCUCUCUCCUCGAGUCUCUCCGGGUGGGGCUCUGGUACCAACAAUCCAGGCCACCAUUCACCAACUGUUACCCCUCUGUUUCUCAAGGGAUGAGGGGGAUUAAGCCAUUUCCUCUCCUGUAGAUGUGAAGCACUUUCCGUUCUGAACCAUGUUGCCAUGUAGCAGCCUCUGAAGCUCCAUUGUACUCUCCCAUCUGCUGUCCACGCGCCUGUGUGCACUUCAUGCCAAUCCCCCUACUUCCCUGGGAUGCCCAGGGCAUCCAGACACUACAGGAAACCCGGUGUGUUGGCAGACAGCCCCCGGUGUUGGCCACUGCAGUGUGUGUGCUAUACCCUUGGAAUUAUUAAACUCCUUAUUUUUCUUAUCUCAUAAAA